UCUUGUUUCCCCUGCACGCGCACUCACCGCCCUCAGUUGCUAAGUAACCUCUGCAAGGGGCGGCUGCCGCAUAGCCGGAUGCUGCUAGUGUACAAUACAUCAAAUUGUGCCGUUUCAGUCGCAAAAGUCUGAUAAAGAAGAUGGACGAGGGCUCCGAGUUAUCUCUGACCAUCGCUCAGAUCGUUCAGCGGCUGAAAGGAAGCCAUUUACACUCUCAGAUAGAGAGACAAGCCAAAGAAUGUUUACAUCAACCUGAGAUAAAAUUGGAGUCCCUUAAAGAGGACGUACGCAGUUUUCUCAAAACAUCAGGCUGGGAAAGACAGCUACAGAAUGCAGUGUACAGAGAACUGCAUGUCCAGCUGCCCCCGAGCCAUCCCGUGGCUCCUGCAGAGCAUCUCAAAGAGCCGCUGGCCUACAUGCGCAAGGCCCAGGCCAGCUGGGAGAAGCGUGUCCUAAAAAGCCUGAACAGCAUGAGUACAGAGCUGGGAGUGCCUCUGGCUCGCAUGAGGCCCGCAGUGGAGCAGAAGGAGCUCAGCAACAAAUGGAACGAGAUGGGCACAGAUGAACCAGAUUUAACGAGCUUUAGGCCUGUAUAUGCCCCUAAAGACUUUCUGGAGGUGUUAAUCAGUUUACGGAACCCGAAUCACGAUAGCAGCGAGGACGUCGGCGUCAGGAGUCACUGGGGUCUCAUCCAGGUUCCUCUCAAUGUCAGGGACAUCCCUCAGCUGAGACAGGCCUACUCGGAGCUGAACCUGACCUCUGGCCAGUUGGGGAUUGAUGACCAUGCGCAUAUCCAUCCAGACUUGUUUGAAAACGAGUAUGUUCAAAUCGGGAAAAAAGUGGUCCUGGAGCAGGACAGUGCAGCAGCGCAGCAGUACAGUAGGCAGGGCUGUUCCAACGGGCUCCGGGCAGACCUGUGGGCCCUCAUCCUUAACUCUACUAACCAGCCCCAGGAUGUGAUGCAUUAUGAACAGCUGACGGCCGGAGUCAUACAGCAUGACCUGCUGGUGGACAACCUCAUCUAUAAGGAUGUGAAGCUCACCGCCAGUAAUGACGACUACUACUUUGUGUUUGAAGAUUUCCUCUAUCAGGUGUUGCUGUGUUUCUCUCGUGACACAGCCGUCUUGGAGCACUUCAAAUACAACAGUGCUACUCCUCCCAAAUCCUUUAUCCAGGGGAAGGGAGGAGAUGAAGAGUGUGCUGUUGUUUAUCCUCCCAACGGUGUAAUCCCUUUUCAUGGAUUUUCAAUGUAUGUGGCACCUUUGUGUUUCUUGUACAACGAGCCAUCCAAGCUGUACAGUGUAUUCAGGGAAAUGUACAACCGCUACUUCUUCAGAUUACACUCCAUCUCCUCCUCUCCCUCGGGGAUUGUAUCUUUGUGCCUGCAGUUUGAGCGGCUGCUCCAGACACACCUGCCUCAGCUCUUCUACCACCUUCGACAGAUCGGGGCGCAGCCGUUGCGCAUGGCCUUCAAGUGGAUGGUGCGGGCCUUUUCUGGCUAUCUGUCUACUGACCAGCUGCUUCUUCUCUGGGACCGAAUCCUGGGCUACGACUCGCUGGAGGUAGUUGCAGUCCUAGCAGCCGCUGUGUUCGCCUUCCGCGCCGAGAACCUGAUGGAAGUGACGUCGCUGGCCUCAGCUGAGGCUGUCCUCGCUGACCUUUCAACUCUGAAGGUCAUGCCGCUCAUCCAGAUCUUUCUAUUUGCCACCGCCAUCUGAGGAGCGCGGAAAAACUGCAGGAUGUGAGUCGUGGUGCGGACAGGGGACGUACCACGUGUGCCAUAACCACACCAUGAAUCACCCAUGAAGAAACGGCAGCCUAGAGAGUGUGUGUGUGGGUGUGGGUGUGGGUGUGUGUGUGCUAUCAAGACAUAAUAAAGGAAAUCCUACAUAACACACUUCAUCUUGCACUAGUUCAAGCAGAAAAAGCCAAACCCCUCUUUAGCAUGGAUGCACCAUAAAUAGUGAAUUCUAUCAUGUUAUUAGAUAGUAUACAGUAUGUAAGUAUAGCCUACAGACCAGUAAGGUUAAGCUAACCUUCUUAAGCCAUAUGCUCUGCAGGAAAGACGAUACCCACAGCAUUGCUCAGAUCAGCUGAGGAGCUCAUUAGGAGCCGAGUCGCAUGAAGCAGUAAUUGUAUUGCGAUAGCCGCGCGCAAAAGAGAACAACAUCUCCAAGCUUGGCUAACGACGUGUUAAUUAGCUCGUGCAAUUUACUCUGCUCCGUAGCUCCUGCUUGUUGUAACACUAUUAGAUAAUGUUGAUGCUGAUGAAUAAGAAGAUUGUAAGCGUUGUAUUGAGAGAAAUAGUCAACGGGAUUAAUAUUCAACUGUGUAUACACAUCAUGUAUUGUAUUUAUGAAGCGUAUUACUGCUUAAGGGACAUUUAGCACCUCUCGUGCCAGUAUUUAUUUUAAUUCUAAUUCAUUUAACAUUUAUUUUAAAUUAUGCAUUUAAUUCCUGAAUAUAUAUAUAUAUAUAUAUAUAUAUAUAUAUAUAUAU